UAAGAGGAAAACAAGGAAGCUCCCAAUACCCUCAUCUCUGCAUCUCUGUCAGGCUCUCUCCUUCGUCUAUCUCAACUCUCAAGGUGGGCGCCUCUGAGUUUUCCAAAUACCGUUCCAGAAAGAGAAGCUGGAAACGCAGGCGAUGCUCAGUUACACGCGAUUCCAGUGCGAAAAGGAAGAGCUUGACGGUGCAUAGCAUUGUUAGCCAAUUCGGCUAAGAAUUAGGAUUCCUCCACGGGCUACCGCUGGAGAAAGCUGUAACUCUAGGUGGGUCUCUGCGGGUGAACUCGGGAAAACCAUAGAAGAAAGAAAUGUUCUACUCGCACACCUUCCUUGCUCGAAAAAGUCCUCUGGGAACGGUUUGGAUCGCGGCCCAUCUGGAGCACAAGCUUCGGAGACACCAUGUUACAGUUACUGAUAUUCCUUCAUCCGUCGAUUGCAUCAUGUUCCCAGAAGUCCCAAUUGCACUGAGGUUGUCAGCCCACCUUCUAUUGGGUGUUGUUCGUAUAUAUUCGAAGAAAGUCGACUAUCUCUUGUAUGACAGUAAAAUAAUGCAGACUCGAAUGCAAAAUGCUUUUGGGUCAAUAGAUGUUAACCUACCAGAGGAUGCAACACAUGCACCAUUUCACUCUGUCACUUUGCCAGAUACUUUUGAGCUUGAUGCCUGGGAUUUGGAUGACACGUUGUAUCAUGAAGGGUUUCAGGAUAAUCAUCUAAAGAGCAUUGAGGAAAUUACAAUUACAGAUCAGAUCCCAGGUGAAGGAGAUCCUUAUGUUGCAUUCUUUAUUAAUGAGGACAUUAGCAUGGAUAUAUCUCUUCCAUCAGAGAUUCCAGAAAUUACAGCCAGUCCAAUGCAAGAAGACAGUCAUCUCCCAUCAGUUCCAGUGGACAAUGGUGUGGGUAUUUUUGAUCCUGGCCCAAGCAACCAAGCAGAAAAUUCUAAUCAAAGGCCUUAUGAAGGCAAUAUUCCCCAUGGCAUCCCAGAAAUUGAAGUUAUGUGUGAUGAUGCUCAUGAUAUGGAUAAUCAGAGGCUUUAUGAAGAUCCCAUCCCUGAAGAGGUCCCAGAAAUUGAAAUUAUGCGCGAUGCUGCUCAUAAUACAGAGUCACAUAACUUUCCAGAUUGGCAGGACCUUGAUGAUAACAUCAUUGAACAAGACAGAUCAUUCAACCCAAUCAUAAAUGAGAAGGAGACUCUUUCUCCAAUAAUGGAGGAUAUGCCAUCUUCUGGAGGGCAAUCUGUGCAGUUUCAGCUACGCUCAGAACCACCUACCUCUGUUGCUUCAGAAGAAGCUCCUGAUGUUUAUAAUUUACAGACUUCAUUGGGCCAUGUAUCACCUCAGCUGGCAAUUCGACCAAGCCCACCUGUUGUAAAGCAAAACGUGAGACCAAGGAAGAGAAAGCAUAUAUUUGAUCAAUCUGUAGUGUUAAGUAACAAGUUUAUAAAGAAGGGGCUUGAAGACCCUAGUGAUCUAUUGUGCCCCCGGAAGAAACUUCCUUGUUCAGCUUUAGAUUUUUGGAAGUUCAAUAAUAGGUCAAGAAUGGAACAAGUCCUCCUCGAGCCAUUAACUUCUGGACUGUCUACCAAUCUUCAAAAUAUUUUCCAGAAAGACUUUGUUACUUCGAAGCUUGACUUACUUCAAGUUGAGGGUGCUCAUCCAGAGUCGAGGGAUGUACAAUCUCCUGCUCCUGUACCUGACUUUGCUGUGGAAAUGGAGCAUCUUCGAUAUGAUGAAAUCCAUGCUGUUGGGAGUUCUUUUUCUGAAUUCAUGGCUUCUCCAUCUAGAAGAGAGGAGUUUACUCCAGUUUCCACCAAUGAUUUAAGGUCUGAACCUCAGAUGGGAACAUUUAUUGGGAGUGAAGUGCUGCCAACACCAGAUCAAUAUGCUUCUACUGAACCAAUUGGGUUUGAAAAAGAAACACCAAUGACUUAUUUAGAGGAGCAACUAGGUACAGGAGGCACUGGUUUUUCAGACAUUCCAGAGUUGCUGAAUUCACCUAAGGCAGAAGACCUAGAUUUUUUGGAAGCAUAUGAUACGCCAACUGGACACCAAGAAAAUGAGGAAGUUGGCAUGCUGUCUGUGAGGACCAGGGCUGUGGCUCAAUAUUUAAAAAGGCAGUCUCCUGCAACCCCAACUGCGAAAAACUAUUCAGGAAAUCUUAGCUUGAACAAGGUUUUGGAAGGAAAAACAAGAAAACUAUGUGCCCGUAUGUUCUUCGAGUCACUGGUCCUGAAGAGCAAUGGGCUUAUUGAUGUAGAACAAGAAGAGGCUUAUGGUGAUAUUACUUUGAAAUUGACUUCUAUGCUAUCAAAGGCCCAAUUCUGACAUCAUUUUCUUUUUCUGACACACCUGAAGUCUUAUGUAAAUAGAUGGAUAUUCCUAUACUACCAUUCACCAAAAAAGUGUUGAAUGGUGUUCAUAAAUUAACAGGGAUGGUCUCUUAUUUGUAAUUUUUUACUUUGAUUUAUUUUUGUAAGUUAUGUUUUCUUUCAAGGUUUAUUUAUAUUCUUUAUGGUGUAAAUUUCCAAUGUAUUCCAUUUCUAGUUUUCAUCACUAUUUUAUCUCGUUUCUGCAUAAUAUGGGUUUCUGGUAUUUGUUUCUGUACUAGCAAGAGAAUUAACUUGUUCCCCUUUCAUUCAUA